UGACGACCGACUGGCGCCAAACUUCUCCGAGAGUAAAGACGGAAAGUGUGGAAGAAGGCGGCUGCAGGUUUCUACCGGUGACUGUGAGGCAGAGUGAAUUGAAAACUUAAACCCUGUUUGACUGCUGGAUUCUCUCAAACGAUCGAGUUAUUCGCGUGUUCUCGUCUAAGGCGUCGCAGUUCUUCCGCCAUGGCUCGUAAGGAUUACGCGGCAGAGAAAGAGAAAUGCAAGAGGUUCCUGCAGGAGUUUUACACAGAGGAUGACAACGGCAAGAAGGUUUUCAAAUAUGGCGCUCAACUUGUGGCACUGGCUCACAGAGAGCAGGUGUCCCUCUUUGUGGAGCUGGAUGACUUGGCAGAGGAAGACCCAGAGCUGGUGGAGAGCAUCUGUGAAAAUGCAAAGCGGUACACGGGCCUGUUCGCUGAUGCCGUCCACGAGCUGCUGCCAGAGUACAAAGAACGAGACGUUGUGGCCAAAGACUCCCUGGAUGUGUACAUAGAGCACAGGUUGAUGAUGGAACAGAGAGGCCGCGACCCCGCUGACACGCGGGACCGCCAUAACCAAUAUCCACCAGAACUAAUGAGAAGAUUUGAGCUGUACUUCAAAUCUCCCACUACAUCUAAACCUAAAGUUGUCCGUGAUGUACGAGCUGACAGCAUCGGACACUUGGUGAAUGUUCGGGGCAUCGUGACCCGAGCCACUGAGGUCAAACCCAUGAUGGCUGUAGCGACAUACACCUGUGACCAAUGUGGAGCGGAGACCUACCAACCUAUUCAGUCUCCUUCCUUCAUGCCUCUGGUCAUGUGUCCCAGUCAGGACUGUGUCACCAACAAAUCCGGGGGUCGUCUCUACUUGCAGACCAGAGGCUCCAAGUUUGUCAAAUUUCAGGAGCUUAAAAUCCAAGAACAUAGUGAUCAGGUGCCCGUUGGUAAUAUUCCAAGGAGCAUGUCCGUGUUUGCCCGUGGAGAAAACACACGUCUGGCUCAGCCUGGUGACCAUGUGGCCAUCACAGGAGUUUUCCUCCCACUGCUGAAAGCAGGAUUCAGUCAAAGUGUUCAAGGUCUCCUGUCAGAAACCUACAUGGAGGCACACAGCAUCACACUGAUGAACAAAACAGAAGAUGAUGAGCUCGGAAAUGACGAGCUGUCUGAGGUGGAGCUGCGUGACAUCACAGACGAGGGGUUCUAUGAGAAACUGGCCGGCUCCAUAGCACCUGAGAUUUACGGACACGAAGACGUGAAAAAGGCUCUUCUUCUGCUCCUGGUUGGGGGAGUACAACAAGCACCUAAAGGCAUGAAGAUCAGAGGAAACAUAAACAUCUGCCUGAUGGGAGACCCUGGAGUGGCCAAGUCCCAGCUGCUCUCCUACAUCGACCGUCUGGCUCCGCGAAGUCAGUACACCACAGGCCGCGGAUCUUCAGGUGUAGGUUUGACUGCGGCGGUGAUGCGUGACCCCAUCACUGGAGAAAUGACCCUAGAGGGUGGAGCCUUGGUGCUGGCUGAUCUGGGUGUUUGCUGCAUUGACGAGUUUGACAAGAUGGCAGAUGCAGACCGCACGGCCAUCCACGAGGUGAUGGAGCAGCAGACCAUCUCCAUAGCAAAGGCAGGCAUCAUGACCUCCCUCAAUGCCCGCUGCUCCAUCCUGGCUGCGGCCAACCCUGCUUAUGGACGCUAUAAUCCACGUAAGAGCCUCGAGCAGAACAUCCAGCUGCCUGCAGCUCUGCUCUCUCGUUUCGACCUCCUCUGGUUGAUCCAAGACAAACCGGACGCCGAUGCUGAUCUGCGUCUGGCCCAUCACAUCACAUACGUUCACCAACACUGCCGCCAGCCACCAUCUCACUUCACACCCAUCGAGAUGAAGCUCAUGAGACGAUACAUCGCACUGUGUAAAAAGCGUCAGCCAGUGGUUCCAGAAAAUCUGGCUGAUUACAUCACUGCCGCUUAUGUGGAGAUGAGGAAAGAGGCCCGAGUCAGCAAAGACACCACAUUCACCUCUGCCCGUACCCUGCUCUCCAUCCUGCGUCUAUCCACCGCCCUGGCACGUCUCCGCAUGAUGGACACUGUGGAGAAGGAGGACGUCAACGAAGCUAUGAGAUUGAUGGAAAUGUCCAAGGACUCACUCCAGGCCGACAAGUCGAGCAGCACAAGAGCUCAGCGUCCAGCUGACGUCAUUUUCUCAUUGGUUCGUGAACUGGCCACAGAGGGCGUGGUUGGCAAAGGUGGAGCAGGCGGUUUGGUUCGUAUGGCAGAGGCUGAGCAGCGAUGUGUGUCUCGUGGCUUCACUCCUGCACAGUUCCAGGAGGCACUGGAGGAGUAUGAGGAGCUGAACGUGUGGCAGAUCAACCAGGCCCGCACUCGCAUCACAUUUGUUUAAAAAAAAAAAAAAAAACUUGACCUGAGUUUCAGCUCACAUCAAGCUCUUUGAGUUUCUCAAAAACAUCACUUCAUUGGCUAGCAUUUUGUGAAACUCUGGAGCUGGAGGGUUUUUUAUUUUGACUACAUUGCAAAAAUUCUGCUUCUCAAGUUCAUUGUUAAUUAUUCCUGUUAUCAGUAAAAUUGCCUGUAAAUAUGUCAGAGCUUGUUAUUGGAAACUUUCUGCAACUAGAAGCUUAAAGCUUCAUCUGGAGAAGAGCUUUUCUGUACAUUUUAUAUUUAGAUUAAAAAGUAGCAAAGAGUGGAUGAGAAGGAACCAUGUGUUGUGAGAGUACUAAUAAAGAAUGGUUCAGUAUUGCA